UAGGUGAAAAUGGUGGUUGAGCGUGACGAAAUGUGGGUUCCCGAGUUCCCCCCAAACCCUAGGCGUGUAGGCGGGCCGUCCUCUUCUGCUCCAACCGGAAGGUCCGGUGGGGGAGGCUCUGUGACUCCAUCGUCUCCCAAAUCGAGUGAUGAUGAAGCAUCCUCUGCAUCCAACAUCACCAACAGAUGUUCACCAAAGGCUGUCUUCAACUUGGUUUCCAAGCUCAGUGAGUUCAAAAAAGAAAUUAUUAGGGAAAUUGGGUUUGGCGGGAUUCUGGACAUACCGUGCAUUAGCAAGCUUAACCUCAAGCUCUCAGCAUGGUUGCUCAGUAAGAUGGACUGUGAGGAAAGUUGCUUGGUUUUUGGGCCAUCUAGACACAUCUAUGUACACGAGGCCGAUGUUGGGAUUGUACUUGGAGUUCCGAGUGGGGAUAUUGAUGUAUCCACCCUUUCUGUUACCGAUGAACAACUAGAGUUGCUGCAUUCUAGCAUAGGGUUAGUGGAUUCCGAUCCUAGAAGUAUCAAGGGCAUUGAGUAUGUUCUUCAGAAGCACCUCGAUGAUCAAUCGUCUAGCCAGGAAAUAGAUAGUUUCAAAGUUGCUUUUGUUGUGUUUGCUAUCAGCCAUCUUCUUGCACCUUGUGUAAAGCAUGAUCAAGUCAAUUUGGAUUUAUGGGGUGCGUUGAAGAAUUCUACUACAUUAGACAGGUGUAACUGGUGCCGAUAUGUGUAUGGACAUGUCCUUGAUGCUGCACAGAAAGUCCGUGGUGAGAUAAUCAGCAAGGGGCGAGCUACAUCAUUGUCUGGUUGCCAGUACUUCCUGCAGGCUCAAUAAGCCUCAUAAGACUAUCCCCCGGCUGAUGCCAUCUUCGCAAAGACUUGCUCGGUAGAACUCAGAUUCUUCUUUGAGCUGGCAGAAAAGCCCAAAUACUUUCAGAGUGUAUAUCUUAUGGGCAUGAACUAUAAGAGGGCCACCAGUUGUUACUUUCUUCACAUUCUGCAGCAGCAGUAAUUAGUUGGCAACUACACAUUGAAGGGAUCUAAAAUUUAGAAAGUUUGCAUGUUAGGCCAAAAGAUGUCUGUGAUAACUUCUAACUUACCAGUUUGUUGCGCCUUUCCUCAUAA